AUGUCGGUUGUGGACGAUCAAGUUCGUCGACUCGAUGCCGCGCUCGAUAGGUUCCAAUUGCAAGACGUCGAGUCGCGCAGCAGCCUGCGUCUCAAGGCAGUUGUCAGAGCUCUCUCGACUACAUCCGGCUCGCAUCCACUUCUACCACGGAAGCGCUUGAGACAUCUUGUUCGCUCUAUCGCACAACUACAAGAGCAGCGAGGCCAGUCGAGCACGCAAGAUCGUCAGCAUGUAACAAAUGCAAGCAAUUAUGAUGCAGAUCUAGCAUGGAUCGCAGCCGGAAAAGCCACAGUCCAGUUAUAUGGUCUCAUAUUGGAUUCUCUCCUGGAACAGACCGUUCCACUGAGCGAGUCUGUGUGGUACUGGGACGAUGUCGUAAGCUCGUAUGCCAACACAGCUCUCUACACGGUCCAGACUGCACCUCGACGUUUGGCGGAUCAUGCAGCAGCCGUCUUAAUCGAUGCUAAAGAGAAGUACAGAGGCGCAGCAGGGGCCAGAGAGGCUGCAGAGGAAGCACAGCGGUCAGUGAGCCAACGAUGGAGGGAAUUCUACGAUCUGGUCCAAAACAGCAUCCGCGAGAAAUCCCUAGUACAGGCUAGAGGCCGAAUCUUGUCUCCCUUCGCAAUCUGUAGGAUGGAGGCACGUAAAAACCAAACAGAGAUCGAGCAUCUACGGGAGCUGAACGCUACAGCAAUAGGACUCAUCGUUGACGAAGGGCUGUCUUUUGAAGGGCCACAAAUGAAUGGCGCGAGCGCACAAUCUGCCGACUCAGACACAACACAGUGGCGAGGCAGAGUUGUGAAGAGCGUCUCGCUUCUGGAAACUGUUCUCCGCAACAUCUCAAAUACGGACCCGUCUUCGCCAAAGCUGGUGGAUAGAGCUCGCCAGUCGAUGGAAGAGGACGUAGGCGCUGCUGGAACUUCCGGCGGGGAUGGAAGCACGACAGCACCGUCAGAGCUAGCCAAGCGUAUACUCCAUGUCAUUGAUGAUCAUCUUAGCGCACAGGAGCUGGCAUAUACUCGCAUGAGUGGCGAGUUUGGCAAGCCAUCGAGGUUUGUACGUUACUGGAUACCAGGUGUUGCGCUUCUGCUCUCUGGAGGUACCUUGUUGCGAAUUUUCGCCAACAGAAAAGCCGAGAUCAUGCAAUGGAUCCAAGAUCUGGGCGCAACUAUCCAAGACUUCUGGUUGAACUGGGUAGUUGAGCCGACGAAGCGACUCAUAGGCACGAUUCGUCAUGACGCGGACAGCGAGAUUGCGAUUCAAAGCAAGGAAAGCCUCAAGGCAGAUCGCGAAAGUCUUGAGCGCAUGGUCGUGGACUUUGCUAUCGCGCACCCAGAAAAAGUUGGUACCAAGUACACCGAUCUUGAGAUAGCCGACAUUCGUCUCAAAGUCAAGGAAGGAGACCUUACUCCCGUCCUGAAGGCUUACGAGCGGGAGAUGCAGAGCCCUAUCAAGAAUGCAGUCAUGGGUGAUCUGGUUAGAACACUCCUGAUCCAAGUGCAGAAAACCAAAGUCGACGUCGAAGUUGCGAUUGGAGGCAUUGACUCUCUGCUCAAAAGCCAGGAGCUACUAUUUGGCUUUGUCGGUAUAGCUCCUGGAGUGCUGAUCACGUACUUUGCAGUACAGUGGCUCCGCGGCACGUUUGGCGGCAGAAGAGGUAUCAGACAGCAGAAGCAGCAAGGUGAAGCUGUGCGUCUGCUGAGAAAUAUCGAUCGCACACUCACCGACAGCAAGCCGUCUGAGGACGGGACCAUGUCGUAUAAAGAUCAUGGCCUGCUUCUCUGUGAGGGUCACGUCCUCCGCCAGCGAGCGGCCAAGGUCCUGCCUGGAUCCGCCCAGAGGAUAUUUGUGGAAGACUUCAACGAUCUCAUGAACAGCCGCCUUGGAAUACAACACCAACAGAAGGUACUGCAACGUAUCCAAUGGACAUAUGCCCAGUGGCUUCGAUAA